AUAUAUCUGAGGAAAUAUUUCCACGGCUCCUAAAAUUGGUUCACGCAUAUAAAACUUCGGAACAUGAAAUCAUGAAGUUAAAUUUGUGGUAUAUAACACAGUUUGAAAUUAAGUUCACUAUUUUUAUUAUACAAUUGUGUUAUUUCAGCAUGAAAGUCUACAUCAUCCUUGCAUUGAUAGUGAUUUCAAGUGUGUUGUCUACCAUAGAUGGAAAUCAAAGGUUUAAACGAGGGCCACCAGCCCAUGUAUGCAGAAGGUUGUGUGCACGACCACACGGGCACCCGACAUCAUGCCAUUGCGGUUUAAAUAUGAACGCAUGGAGAUUUAAACGGUCAUUAGAUGGCACUGGAAAUCAGGAUGCAGAAACUCAGGUUCUUGGUGGUUAGCGCUAGUAAGAAAAAUACAUAGGCCGAGAACUGGAAAUAUCAUACUACUCGAACAGCUUUUAUAGGAUCAUUUAUUAAAAGUACGCAGCUGCAUGAUAGUACAAACAGGAGGCGAGAUAAUGAAAAUUGGAACAUUUUUAAUAACGGAUUUUACAUGUUAGUUCCAGAUAUUUAAAUGGCAUGUACAAGAAAUAUGCUCUGGGAGCCAAAUGGUUAAUUCUAAAUGAAUCCAUUUAUGUUUCAAAAUGUUCUAGAUCUCAUUAAUCAAUCUCGUUAAUCAUUUUUAUAGUCUCCAAAUAUCCGGCGUCUGUAACAGCGUUCGGCGGCCGGCGUCUGUAACAAAUGGCAUGGAGUGACAGUUUUAUGUUAAUGCCUUGUUUAUAAUUUGUAACAGAACAUAGUGAACUAGUAUAUUGACAUUUUGUAGCUAUU